AUGGUGUGCUUCAUUUUCCCUCCCAGCUACUCAUUCAACUUCAGCUGUUUUCCACAUCACCACUCAUCUGCAUGCAUCUUUAGCAUGAAAAAAUAAUGACUGUGAAAUAAAGAACUAUUUGAAUAGAAUGAUGAAUGCUGCAACAGUAAUUUUGCCACUUGCCAGUAAGAUCAAGUGAUUAUCUCUGAAUAAGUUACCACUUGUAUUAUCUUGUGAUCACAAAGUACUUCUGUUUAGUAAAGGCUUACACAAUCUUCUUGCCUACUUAUCUGACUGUUUUCAAGGGGUGUGACAGCAAGUAGAACAAUAUAAAGCGCAGAGUCAGUCUUAGAGAAACAGCAACACCACAGGAGGAGUGUGCAGGCCUUUGACACCGCUACAUACUGAAAAGACAAAACUACAGUCAUGGAUACCAUCACACAUCAACAAUACAAUGCUCCAGCACUGAAAAAAUCCAAGUCUAGGAAGGACAUCAACCACACAGAUGUGCAUGGUCUGCCUUGCAUUGAGAAGAUUGUGAGCUCAGUGGAGGACACCCCUGAGCCCAUCAACACCAGCGUUGUUGGCACAAUCCCAGAAUGGAUCAAUGGGAGCUUCUUGAGAAAUGGGCCUGGAAAGUUUGAGAUCGGAAACCAAAAGUUCAACCACUGGUUUGACGGUAUGGCUCUCCUGCACCAGUUCAAAAUAUUCAAUGGUCAGGUAACUUACAAAAGCCGCUUCCUGUCUAGUGGCAGUUACCAAGCCAACAAGGAGCACAAUCGCAUUGCAGUGUCUGAGUUUGGGACUGUCACCAUGCCAGACCCCUGCAAAAAUGUCUUCCAGCGCUUCCUGUCAAGAUUUGAACUACCAAAGCCCACAGAUAAUGCCAAUGUGAGCUUUGUGACCUACAAAGGUGAUUAUUAUGUCAGCACAGAAACUAAUGUCAUGCACAAGGUCGAUCCAGAGACACUAGAGACAAUCAAAAAGGUGGACUGGAGCAAAUUCAUUGCUGUGAAUGGAGCCACCGCACACCCUCACUCUGAGCCUGAUGGAACAACAUACAACAUGGGGAAUUCCUAUACGACUAAAGGAGCAUACUACAACAUCAUCCGAGUGCCUCCAACCAAGAAAACAGCAGAGGAAACUCUGGAGGGAGCCACAGUGCUGUGCUCUAUUCCUGCAGUUGACAAGACUAAACCCUCCUACUAUCACAGCUUUGCAAUGUCUGAAAACUACGUGGUAUUCAUUGAGCAGCCCAUCAAGAUGGACCUAUUAAAGAUUGUGACAGGCAAGCUGACAGGAAAAAGCAUCAGUGACGGCUUUUCAUGGAACCCAAAACUCAACACUAUCUUCCACUUAAUUGACAAGCAGACAGGGAAGGUGAGCCCCAUCAAGUAUCUUGCCAAGCCCCUGUCAACCUUCCACCAGAUCAACGCAUAUGAGAAGGAUGGUUUCUUGAUCAUGGAUAUGUGUGCUUCAGAUGAUGGACAGGCAAUUGCUAAUUACAACAUCCAGAAUCUGCGCAAGUCUGGAGAAGCUCUUGAUGAGGUGUAUAACACUUUGUGUAGAGUGUUCCCAUGGCGUUUCGUGCUGCCUCUCAGUAUUGACCAUGACACACCCUAUGGCAAGAACUUGAACCUGCCUGACAGCACAGCCACGUCUAUAAGAAUUGCCAAGAACAAGGUGUUUUGUACCCAUGAGGACCUCCAUGGGGAGGAUCUUCACCAAUAUGGUGGUCUGGAGUUCCCUCAGAUCAACUAUGGAAAGUACAACACCCACCCCUACCGCUACUUCUAUGGCUGCGGCUUCAGACACCUUGUGGGAGACACACUGAUCAAGAUGGACCUCCAUGGGAAAAACAUGAAGGUGUGGGAGGAACCUGGUCUAUAUCCCUCUGAGCCAGUCUUCGUACCCUCUCCUGAUGCAACAAAGGAGGACGAUGGUGUCAUCUUGUCUGUGGUCAUCACUCCAAAUAAGGACAAGAGCACAUUCCUUCUGGUUUUAGAUGCCAAGACAUUUGAAGAGGUGGGCCGGGCUGUGGUACCUGUCAACAUCCCCUAUGGUUUCCACGGGACAUUCAAUGCCACAGUGUAGACUUGUGAGGAGGAAAUAAAUGAUGAACACACCUCUGACCUCAUGUGAAUAGACAGAAGUCACAGCAGAUGUUAUACAAUGUAAAUAUUGUCUUUGAUGUUUUGAUGCUUGAAAUAUUAACAACAACAAAAAGAGUUUAUUCAUAGCAAUUAUAUUGAUGUUGCAUUGUGUUAGAAAUACUGGAAAUUUGUUGUAAAUAAGUUAUUUUUUCUAUGCUUAUAACAAUUUAAGCCAUUGUUAUGAAGGUUUCAAUUCAUGCACAUAUACAGUUUAAGAUGAGGAAUCUGGGUGGCUGAAAUGGGGUGUAGCUGGAGCAAAACAGAAAGUAACAUAAACAGAAAGACGGUUGCAGAGUUUUUCAUGUGCAUUCCCACUAUUGCAUAUAUGCACAGUAACUGCAAUAAAAAUGUUUAAAAAACA